CGAUAGUGACGGUUUCAAUGUUGCUAAAAAAGCUGAAUAUAUAAAACAUUGAAAUUUAUUCCUCAACGGUAUUUUGCCUCUUGGUUCUCCCUUCAUCAUCAUCUACUUAUGUUUCUUCUGUCAACCAUUAUUACUCCUCACUCCUUAAAACCUUCCACCCCUUCUUUUUUCUUUCUUUCUACACUCUAUAAAUCAUCCUAUAAACUUAGAUUUUUCUUCAUACUUCUAAUAUACAUGGAUCUAAAACCCUACACCAUCUUCACCAAUUGCUUCUUUCUCUUUCUCAUACUCAUGACUCUCCCUUAUUUUUCUAAAGGAGGAUCAGAAGCAUUGAAUUCAGAGAUUUAUGAGAUUGAUUAUAGAGGUCCUGAGACUCACUCGUUUGUGCCUCCACCUAAUCAUUCUCAUGGUAAGAUUCAUUCACCUCAUCACAAAAGCUAUGCAGAUGCAAACAAAGCUAUGGGCUUAACUACAACCAUGAAACAAAUUAAGGUCAAAGAAGCUCAUGGAUAGUAAAGUCUUGAAAGGAAGAACAAAGUUAGAAAGGGCCAAUUGAGACUGUGGUUUUCUCAAACUUUUUUUUAUUUUAGUAUUUUAUUAUAUUUUUUAUCUCUAAUUUUUUAUGCAAAAUUUAUGUGAUAAUGUAUAAUGAGUAUUUUUUAUUCAAUAUAUUGGAGCUACCCUAAAAUUACUAAGCUUAAUUACACCAUCUUUAAUUAGAA